GCAUGCCGAAAGGCGCUCCGACAGUAGCCAUGGGACGCCGACCAGCCCGCUGUUACAGAUACUGUAAGAACAAGCCCUACCCCAAGUCCCGCUUCUGUCGGGGCGUGCCUGAUCCCAAGAUCAGAAUCUUUGACCUGGGCAGGAAGAAGGCCAAGGUGGAUGAGUUCCCACUAUGUGGCCACAUGGUGUCUGAUGAGUAUGAACAGUUGUCCUCUGAAGCACUGGAGGCUGCACGUAUUUGCGCCAACAAGUACAUGGUGAAGACCUGUGGGAAGGACGGCUUCCACAUCCGUGUGCGCCUGCACCCCUUCCAUGUCAUCCGCAUCAACAAGAUGUUGUCCUGCGCUGGGGCUGAUAGGCUCCAGACAGGGAUGCGUGGUGCUUUUGGAAAACCCCAGGGCACUGUGGCCCGUGUCCACAUUGGGCAGGUGAUCAUGUCCGUGCGUACCAAGGCCCAGAACAAGGAGCAUGUCAUUGAGGCCCUGCGCAGAGCCAAGUUCAAAUUCCCUGGUCGUCAGAAGAUCCACAUCUCAAAGAAGUACGGCUUCACCAAGUUCAACGCCUGUGACUUUGAUGACAUGAUGCAGGAGAAGCGUCUGAUCCCGGAUGGGUGUGGUGUGAAGUAUAUCCCCAACCGUGGGCCCCUGGACCGCUGGAAGGCCCUGCACUCUGCAUAAGCGCCUCACUCUCAGAAAUCACGUUAAAUAAACGUUUCAACAAGAAA